AUGUGUCGCUACGACGGCAAGUUCCUGCCAAUGGAGAGUAUAAAUGGUAGUCGUAGGACCGUAAUCGGUGCCAAGAGCCAUUUAUCACCAGCCAGUAACAGUCAAGCAUCAACUCCGAUUACGAAGAUGAAGGUUAACAUGUGCUUCAACAUCAAGUCUUUUAUUGUCCUAUGCCACGUGAUCGCUUUAGUGGCUGCUGGAGGAGGAUCAGAAAUGGCGAAGAAAAUGAUGAAAGGUAAAAUGAUGGGUAUGUCGAUGAUGCCGAAGUCAAUGGGAGGUAUGAUGCCUGCCGGUAUGAUGAUGCCCAUGUCCAGUCCGAUGAUGCCAGAGAUGGCAAUGCCAAUGGGCGGUAUGCCAAUGGGUAUGCCAAUGGGCGGUAUGCCGAUGGGUAUGCCAAUGGGUGGUAUGCCUAUGGGAGGAAUGCCUGCUGGCAGUAAACCUAAAGGUAUGAAACCUGGGGGUCGCGCUCCUGACGACACGGAAGGUAUGGCGGCUGCAGGCGAAGGAGCAGGAGCGGGAGCCGCUGGACCCCAGGGAGGCAUGACCAAUAAUGUAAUGAUGAUGAUGGCUCCGACGGGAAGUGGCAUGGGUGGUAUGGGCAUGAUGCCAAGUCCCAUGAUGCCAAGUCCCAUGUCGCCUAUGAUGAAAAGCAUGAUGAAAAAUAUGAUGAAGAUGGGUGGCAUGGGAAUGGGAUCUAUGGAAGGCAUGAUGGGAAGUAUGCCAAUGGGUAUGAAGCCGCCUAUGGGAGGUAUGAUGGGUGGUAUGAAACCCAUGGGAGGCAUGAUGGGUUAUAUGAAACCAAUGGGUGGUAUGAAACCUAUGGGAGGCAUGAUGGGAGGUAUGCCUAUGGAAAUGAAACCUAUGGGUGGUAUGAUGGGUGGUAUGCCAAUGGAAGGAAUGCCUAUGGGAGGCAUGAUGGGAGGUAUGCCCAUGGAAAUGAAAUAUAUGGGUGGUAUGAUGGGAGGUAUGCCCAUCGAAAUGAAACCUAUGGGUGGUAUGAUGGGAGGUAUGCCCAUGGAAAUGAAACCUAUGGGUGGUAUGAUGGAAGGUAUGCCCAUGGAAAUGAAACCUAUGGGAGGUAUGAUGGGAGGUAUGCCUAUGGGUGGCAUGAUGGGUGGGAUGAAACCAAUGGGAAUGAAACCAAUGGGAAUGAAACCUAUGGGAAUGAAACCUAUGGAAAUGAAACCUAUGGGAAUGAAACCUAUGGGAAUGAAACCUAUGGAAAUGAAACCUAUGGGAAUGAAACCUAUGGAAAUGAAACCUAUGGGAGGUAUGAUGGGAGGUAUGCCUAUGGGUGGCAUGAUGGGUGGAAUGAAACCAAUGGGAAUGAAACCAAUGGGAAUGAAACCUAUGGGAAUGAAACCUAUGGAAAUGAAACCUAUGGAAAUGAAACCUAUGGGAAUGAAACCUAUGGGAAUGAAACCUAUGGGAAUGAAACCUAUGGGAAUGAAACCUAUGGAAAUGAAACCUAUGGGAAUGAAACCUAUGGAAAUGAAACCUAUGGGAGGUAUGAUGGGAGGUAUGCCUAUGGGAGGUAUGAUGGGAGGUAUGCCUAUGGGAGGUAUGAUGGGAGGUAUGUCUAUGGGAGGUAUGAUGGGUGGAAUGAAACCUAUGGGGGGUAUGAUGGGAGGUAUGAUGGGAGGUAUGCCUAUGGGAGGUAUGAUGGGAAUGCCCAUGUCUAAACCAAUGAAUGGUAUGUCUGGAAGUGGAAUGCCGAUGGGAGAAAUGCCAAUGGGAAUGUCACCUAUGCCAUCAAAGUCAAAAAAAGGUGCAUACUAACGUCUAACGCAGCCUAACAACAUGUUCAUCCCCUCUGUGCCAUUCUCACUUUUUCAUGUUUUCUUACCUAUUAUAGCAAUAAAACAGUAUUA